AUCAAUCCGCAUAACCCGAUAACGACGCAAUUCUGCGCGUCAGCGGCUGACCGGUGUUUUCGAUACGUGAGCGAUUUCCACAUCGAACGUGCCACAGGAGCCGCGGGAAUGCGUUUAAAAAGCAGCUUCACAGCCGUGACCGGCACAGUUCGACCAACGAUCGAAUAUCCAAGAAUCAAUCCGGGAACAUGGAUCUGAAGAAGCUCAUCGCGUUCAUUAUUUUGGGGUUAGUGGCAGCCCACCUCGAAGCUGUCCCAACGCCAAAGAUCGAGGAGCAGAGGUUGGAGGAGGAGAUUCUGAAAGCGGACUAUUCUGCAAUCAACGAAAGAUCGAAGAAAUCGGUGCUUCUUCUCAACAACCAACUCCCCAUAACCAGCCAGACCUACAAUCUGCCUUUGCAGUCGGUCCAAACGCUCGGCCUGCAACCACCGUCCUCGCAAACCGUCGAAACACUGAUCCAGCCGAACGCUCAGCUUCUCAACGUCCAAUCGGUGCCGCAAACCGUGGAGACGGUCAGCAUCCAAUCCAGUCAACCAGCUCAGCUUCUCAACAUCCAAUCGGCUCCCCGUGCCGUAGAAACUAUCAGCGUCCAACCCAACGUUCAACCACUGGUCAACAUCCAAUCGGUGCCGCAAACCGUGGAAACGGUCAGCAUCCAAUCCAACAGUCAACCAGCUCAGCUUCUCAACAUCCAAUCGGGCCCUCGAACCGUCGAAACUGUCAGCGUCCAGCAACCUGUUCAAACUAUCAACGUUCAACCCAACGUUCAACCGCUCGUCAGUAUCCAAUCGUUGCCUCAAACUGUCGAAACUGUCAACGUGUUACCCAACGGUCAACAGCUCCUCAACGUCCAAUCGUUGCCGCAAACCGUGGAAACGGUCAGCAUCCAAUCCAACGGUCAACCGGCUCAACAGCUUCUCAACAUCCAAUCAAGCCCUCGAACCGUCGAAACUGUCAGCGUCCAGCAACCCGUUCAAACUAUCAGCGUCCAACCCAACGGCCAACAGCUCCUCAACAUCCAAUCGUUGCCGCAAACCGUGGAAACGGUCAGCAUCCAAUCCAACAGUCAACCGGCUCAACAGCUUCUCAACAUCCAAUCGGGGCCUCGAACCGUCGAAACUGUCAGCAUCCAAUCGGUGCCCCAAACUCUCAGCCUCCAGUCGAACGGUGUUCAGCAACUGGUCAACGUCCAAUCGGUGCCCCAGAUCGUGGAGACCCUCAACGUCCAGCAACCCCUGCAAACUUUGAAUCUGCAAGCGGGCGGGCAACCGGUGGUUCAAACUCUGUUCCCCCAAUCGAGCGCCACGGUGGUUGCUCAGCCACCAGCCCUGCCUGUUCCAGCCCAGAACAACGUCGUCUCGGUCAAGGAGGUCCAGGUCGAGUCCGUGGCGGUGCCAUCUGUGCCGUCCUCCGUCGUCGAGAUCGCGCAGGGAUUUGUCAACCCUCUCGCCGAGGAGGUGAUCGUCUCCCCGUCUUUGGGCGAGGUGUCCUUAGCGCCAGCCAGUGAACGGGUCGUCGUCUCGCCGUCCACCAGCUCUUUUUUUGCCACGAUCAACUCGGAGCCGGCCAAGCCCUACGCGAAUGUGCCGCAGGUGUAUUACAAUCCUCGACAACCUCUGACCGUUGUCCCAUCCUCGAGCAGAGUCGUCUCGCGAGUGCUUUAAUAACCGAUAGGAUACGUAAACUACUAGGUGGAGGGAUACAAAUUUUAAUCGAUACAAUUCGAGCGAUGAUAACAAUAUUAACCAUUAUAAAAUUGGGAAUGAAAGGUAUGCGACUGUACUUCGAUAUUUUGUUAUUGCAAUAAUUCAUUCUUUCGAUAUGUUAGAAAAAAAGAAUAAGAAUAAAAUUUAUUGGAACG